AAAACAUUAAUACAACAUCACUGAAAGACCUUGUUAUACCCACUAAAAGGAAUGAAACAAAAAAAUCAGAAUCUGCAAUUAAUGUGGUAGUCUCAGGGGAUGAAGAGACCUUACUGGGAGUAAUGGCAGUGAUCAACAGCGUAGUUGCAAAUACAAAGUCUGCUGUCCACUUUUAUGUUACUCUACCAAAGAUUGUCAUUCCGGACUUCAGGAAAUGGAUACUGAAAACGAAACUCCACAAAAUAAACUACACCAUCCGGCCGCAUUCACCAGAAAUGCCGAAAGGGAAGCCGCACUUCGCCAAGAUCUAUCUCUUCUCGAUAUUCCCCGAGUUGGAGGGCAAAUUUGUGUACCUGGACUCCGAUGUUAUUGUACAGGGUAACAUUAAGGAGUUGAAUAAUGUCCCAUUGGAUGCAAAUCACCUGGGAGCCUUCUCUGAGGAUUGCACCUCAGUGUCCAAGCGCUUCAACAUGGCAAAACCCCGCUACUCAACACAUAUAAACCUCCAACACCCGAAACUCAAAGGAAACAAAAUUAAGCCUAUGGCAUGCACAUUCAACACUAAUGUGUUUGUAGCUAAUAUGACCAAGUGGAAGGUAGAAAAUGUUACCAUGCAGUUGAUGGAUUGGGUGAUGAGUAGUAGUAGAAGACAACCCAUCUAUGGACAGGAACCUGAAACAGAUGAAGCUGAAGCAGCAAUGUUGAUUGUCCUUUAUCACAAGACGGUUCAGUUACCACAUCUUUGGCAUGUUGGUGACUUGGGUGUUACAGCAGGAGCCAGUUACUCCAGGGAGUUUAUCGCCACGGCUAAAUUGCUGCACUGGAAUGGCCACUUCAAGCCCUGGUCUCGAAGAGCAGCAUUUAUUGAGGUGUGGAUGAAAUACUACAUACCUGACCCAGACAAGAAAUAUAAGCCAAUUCGGAAAUACCUGUAGAAAAUUUAGUGCAUUAUGGUUGAUCUGAUUUUAAGUAG